AUGUUCGACAAGUUUACCAAAGAUAGUGGUUUGAUGACCGUUACCGAACUCAUCUCACCAAGAGUCGAGAUCACUGCUCAAUCCCUCACCCAUAUACCUACUGCACCAUCAGCGAACGACAACACCAAGAAUAGAUCAAUCCUGGAUUUGACUCAUUAUGAACCUGAUGAGCAAACUGACCUAACCCAAUCUGAUUUCAGGUUGGUGCUCGAAGUCGGUACCGAUGGAAGCUCAGAUCGGGUCUCUAGGGGCAGGUACACAUUUAAGGCUGUGGACGGACAGCCCAAGAUUGUCUAUAUGACUUAUAGACCACAGUCAGGGGGUGAUUCUAUGAUAGGCUUUGCUGGGCACUCUCCUACUCCUCAUAGUUGGGGAGAUCAUAGGUUCACCAUAAGAUGGGAGGGGACCGCAUUGGAUGAUGAGGACAACCCUGAUCACGGUAGUGGUGGUGCCGGGAACGGGAAAGGAAGUGGCUCUAGGUCUAGCAGACAAUGGCGUGAUCAUUUACCCUUUGGGCGAAGUUGA